AUGAAAUUUCUCCUAUUACUCCAUCUGCUGAACGGAAUCAUGCCCUGGUUUGCCAAUGCGCAUGUGAUUAUGAUUUCACCUGAGCCUUACAGCAAGGACAAAAUCAACAAUUCUCCACUUGCCGCAGAUGGCAGUGAUUUUCCCUGCAAGCUGCAGCCGAGCGAUUUUGAGAUUCCGCUGGAAGAGACUGUAUACCGCAUUGGCGAAAACUACUCGAUUAAAUUCCAAGGAAGUGUAGCGCACGGUGGAGGCUCAUGCCAGGUGAGCCUCACCUCUGACCGGAAGCCUACAAAGGAUUCGAAGUGGAAGGUCAUUCAUUCUUGUGAAGGAGGCUGUCCUGCGAAUGUAGCAGGAAACCUCCCCGGUGAUGCUCUUUCUAAGAUUUUACCACCACUUAAUUUCACUAUACCAUUGGGACUCCAGCCUGGAAAAUACAGCUUGGCCUGGACCUGGUUUAACCGCAUUGGUAAUCGUGAAAUGUAUAUGAACUGUGCUCCUGUUACGCUUGUGGGCAGUGCUUCGAAUGAUGACCCUAUUUAUCAGAGUGACCUUUUCUCUGAUCUUCCUAACAUGUUCAUUGCAAAUAUCAAUGGCUGCCAGACCAGAGAGAACAUAGACAUCCGAUUCCCGCAAGCUGGGGGUUCUGUUGAAUACCGCGGUGAAGCAUCUUAUCUCGCCGGUAUGAAUGAGCCAGCAUGCAUUGGUGACCCGGCAUUUGGUAGAUCUACGGUUCGCACAAAAGGAUCUCCUAUAAAGCAUCCAACAGCUACCUCGCCGGUUCAGUUUUUGACUUUAGCGAGGCCACAGAGCUCAUCAUGCCGCUGCCGCUCGAACAAAAAGUGGGAUUAG